UGUCAGCAGCACCCUGAGCAAGUCAUCUAAACCCUCAGAGCCUGUUUCCUCCCCUCUGCAGAUGGGAAUAGCAGUACCUACUAGGUGGCGUUGUUCUGAGAAUUUAAUACAUGACUAAAGCUUAUACUUAGUGCACGGCAAGUACACAGGGUCUGUUUGCACUGACAUUUAGCUAUUCAUUGUCAACAAAUAAUUACUGAGUACCUACUCUGUAUGUACGAGGCAAUAUUCUAACCACUGGGAAUACAGCAAUGAACGAGACGCGUGAAAAAGCCCUGCCCUCAAGGGGCUUACAUUGUAGCAGAGGGAGACAGACCAUAAAUAACAAACCUAGAGCAUAAGUCAAUUACAGAGCAGCCGCUGUCCACAGAAAUAGAAAAAUACAAGGACUACAUAUGUAAUUUACAAUUUUCCAGCAGUACUGUUACAAAAAUAAAAAAAAAAACGGGGGGAUUAACUUUUCUAAUUUUUAAUUUAGAAAAUUUUAAAUUCUGUUUUAAAAACACGCUAACUCUCUUGCAAUACAUCCAAGAUAUUAUCUUUUCAACCAGAGGCAUUAGCCACAUUUCAAGCACUGAACAGCCACAUGUUGCGGACUGUGUUAGAAGGUGAAGGGAAGGGGCCCCUGGGUGGCUCAGUCCGUUGAGCAACUGACUCUUGGUUUUGGCUCAGGUCAUGAUCUUGGGGUCCUGGGAUCCAGCCCCAUGUGGGGCUCUGCGCUCAGCAGGGAGUUGGCUUGAGAUUCUCUCCCUCUGCCCCCACCCCUAAAAUAAAUAAUCUUUAAAAAAAAAAAAGGUUAGUGGAACAAUAAAGACAUAAUACAGGGAAAGGGGGACAGGAGCCCCAGGUAAGGGGGGAGGACAACAGACAGGGAGAGUGAAUUUGGGCUGACAGAGAGCUUAGUUACCACAGUGAACCAGCUCCCCUUGCUCUGUGCUGGGCUGACCCAGCGGGGAGGGUUUUCUGGCCAAGGGCAUGUUUUCAUCUCUUCUGCUGCCGAGCUUGACCUGAGUUCUGCAGAGCCCUGAGAUGCAGGCCUUCUGGAAAUGCCACAGCCUGGGGGGAAGCCCCUCACCACCACCCUGCUCACUCCAGGACAGGGUGCUGCGCAUUCCUUCUCCUGGGAGCUGAGGGCCACCCCAGGGGACACACUGCAGGAAUUUUGUCAAGGAUCUGACUGUAACAGGGAAAGGGUGGGGGUGGUGGUGGUGUGUGUGUGUGUGUGUGUGUGUGUGUGUGUGUGUGUGUGGGGCCACCCCAGGGGACACACUGAAGGAGUUUUGUCAAGGAUCUGACUGUAACAGGGAAAGGCUGGUGGUGUGUGUGUGUGUGUGUGUGUGUGUGUGUGUGUGUGUGUGUGUCUGGCGGUGGGGGGUGUGUGAGGGAGGAGUUCUUGCCCAGGGCUGGGAUUAGGGGGAGGCAAGUGAGGGUUGCAGCCUGUCUUUAUUUAAAAUUGUCGUAUUUUAGGGGCGCCUGGCUGACUCAGUCGGUGGAGCAUGGGACUCUGGAUCUCAGGGAGUCGGCAGUUCAAGCCCCGUGUCAGACAUAGAGCUUACUUAAAAAAGUAAAUAAAAUAAAAUUGUAGUUUUUUCUUCCUCACAGCUAUUUUUGCCUGGACUUAAAAAACAUAUUACAUUGAGUAUUAUAUCAUAAAAUUCACCCUUUCUGAAGUGCUCAAUUCAGCAGUUUUUAGUAUUUUCAGAGUUGUGUGACAUCACCUAACCAAUUUUAGAACAUUUUCAUCAUCCUGGAAGAAAUCCCUAGACCCAUUAAGUAGUCCCCCCCCCUCCCGCAACGCUCCAGCCCUACCCCCACCCACUCAUCUACUUUCUGUCUGUAUGGAUCUGCCUCUUCUGGACAUUUCCUAGAAAUGGAAUUAUGUGUGGCCUUUUGCGACUGGUUUCCUUCACUUCGCACAAUACCUUCAAGGGUCACUUACGCUGUAGCAAGCGUCUGCAUUUCCUUCCUUUUUAGGGCCGAAUAACAUACCACUGCAUGGAUAUACCACUUUUUACUUGUCCCUUUGUCCAUCGAUGGAUAUUUACGUUUUCUCCCCUUUUUGGUUAUUGUGAAUAAUGCUAUUUACAUUCACAUGCAAGCUUUUGUGUGGACAUGUUUUCAAUUCCUUUAGGGUUUGCAUUAAUUUGGGUUUUUAAUAUAUUGUAUAAAAGUAUAGUUUUUCUCGAUUACUGAGUUUUUUGAUGCCCCCUUAAAAUUUAUAUGCGAGUUAAGUGCCUGCUUGGCCUCACCUUGUUCCCAUCUUACAAGUGUGGUCCCUUGCUACCUGUGUGGCUUUGGGCAAGUUGUUUCACCUCUCAGAGCCUUUGGUUUUCUGGUCUGUAAAAUGGGGAUAAUCCCUGUACCUACCCCCAGCUCUUAGGUGGAAACAAUGAGGCAAUGCCACAUUUUACAGACCAGCACACAGCAGACUUAAGUCAAGGCUUCUUUCCUACGGGGAGGCCUGGUGUUGGGUCACACACCCAACAUGGAUGUGACCUAGCCCCGACCUUGGGGACAGCUGGCCCACCUGCCUAGAACCCCUUCCUGCUUCAGUUCCCAAGGGAAACCUGCUCUUUUCGCUCUCCUGUCUCAGCCUGAGCCCCCUACAAAGUCGUCAGGGGUGGGACCCAAAGCUGUUCACCAAAAGCCCUCCAUGGCCCCCCAGCCUCUUCCAUUCUGGCUGCCCUCCACCCCCUGCCUCCCCCACCCUCCCCUCUGCCCAUUCCCAUUGAAGGCCUCGGCUCCCCAGUCCCUGUGCGCUGCCAUGAGGCCUGCACUUUGCAGGGCUAAGUCCAAAGUUCAGUCCCUUCGCUAAGCACACGGAUAAAUAUGAACCUUGGAGAAUUUCCCCAGCUCCAAUGUAAACAGAGCGGGCAGGGGCCCUGAUUCACUGGCCGCUGGGGCCAGGGUUGGGGGUUGGGGGUGCCCACAGGGCUCGGUUCGUGGGGUUUGGGGGGGCAAUAGGUGCAAGGAGCCUGGUUUGUGGCUGCCUGCUGGUCGGCCAGCAAGCAGACAGCCCGCUCGGUGGGGGGAGGUGGCCAGUUUGGUGGCCCCAAGCCUCGUGGCCCAGUGGUAGUGGAGCCAUGGUUUCUAAACUGAGCCAGCUGCAGACGGAGCUCCUGGCGGCCCUGCUCGAGUCCGGCCUGAGCAAAGAGGCACUGAUCCAGGCACUGGGUGAGCCGGGGCCCUACCUGCUGGCUGGAGAUGGCCCCCUGGACAAGGGGGAGUCCUGCGGCAGCGGUCGGGGGGAGCUGGCCGAGCUGCCCAAUGGGCUGGGGGAGGCGAGGGGCUCCGAGGACGAGACGGACGACGAUGGGGAAGACUUCACACCGCCCAUCCUCAAAGAGCUGGAGAACCUCAGCCCCGAGGAGGCGGCCCACCAGAAAGCCGUGGUGGAGACCUUGCUGCAGGAGGACCCAUGGCGCGUGGCCAAGAUGGUCAAGUCCUACCUGCAGCAGCACAACAUCCCGCAGAGGGAGGUGGUCGACACCACUGGCCUCAACCAGUCGCACCUGUCCCAGCACCUCAACAAGGGCACCCCUAUGAAGACGCAGAAGCGAGCCGCCCUGUACACCUGGUACGUCCGCAAGCAGCGAGAGGUGGCCCAGCAGUUCACCCACGCAGGGCAGGGUGGGCUGAUUGAAGAGCCCACAAGUGAUGAGCUGCCAACCAAGAAGGGGCGGAGGAACCGUUUCAAGUGGGGCCCAGCCUCUCAGCAGAUCCUGUUCCAGGCCUACGAGAGACAGAAGAACCCCAGCAAGGAGGAGCGAGAGGCAUUGGUGGAGGAGUGCAAUCGGGCGGAGUGCAUCCAGAGGGGGGUGUCACCGUCACAGGCACAGGGGCUGGGCUCCAACCUCGUCACGGAGGUGCGUGUCUACAACUGGUUUGCCAAUCGGCGCAAGGAAGAAGCUUUUCGUCACAAGCUGGCCAUGGACACAUACAGUGGGCCGCCACCAGGGCCAGGCCCGGGCCCCACACUGCCUGCCCACAGCUCCCCGGGCUUGCCCCCACCCGCCCUCUCCCCCAGUAAGGUCCAUGGUGUGCGCUACGGACAGCCAGCAACCAGCGAGGGGGCGGAAGUGCCCUCAAGCAGCGGUGGCCCCUUGGUGACAGUGUCUGCUCCCCUGCACCAAGUGUCCCCCACGGGCCUGGAGCCCAGUCACAGCCUGCUGAGCACCGAAGCCAAGCUGGUCUCAGCAACGGGGGGCCCCUUGCCCCCUGUCAGCACCCUGACAGCGCUGCACAGCUUGGAGCAGACCUCCCCGGGCCUCAACCAACAGCCCCAGAAUCUCAUCAUGGCGUCGCUUCCCGGGGUCAUGGCCAUUGGGCCUGGUGAGCCUGCCUCCCUGGGCCCCACGUUCACCAACACGGGCGCCUCCACCCUGGUUAUUGGCCUGGCCUCCACUCAGGCACAGAGCGUGCCGGUCAUCAACAGCAUGGGCAGCAGCCUGACCACCCUGCAGCCAGUCCAGUUCUCCCAGCCGCUGCACCCUUCCUACCAGCAGCCACUCAUGCCCCCCAUGCAGAGCCAUGUGGCCCAGAGCCCCUUCAUGGCCACCAUGGCCCAGCUGCAGAGCCCCCACGCCCUCUACAGCCACAAGCCUGAGGCGGCCCAGUAUGCCCACGCGGGCCUGCUUCCACAAACCAUGCUCAUCACCGACACCGCCAACCUGAGCGCCCUGGCGAGCCUCACGCCCACCAAGCAGGUAAGGCCUGGCCCGCCCGGCCCCCUGCUCAGGCCCCUCCCCAGAGUGCAUCCAUGCGGGGCUCAGAAGGCUCCUGUGUUCCCCCAGGUCUUCACCGCAGACACCGAAGCCUCCAGUGAGCCCGGGCUUCACACGCCGGCGUCUCAGACCACCACUAUCCACAUCCCCAGCCAGGACCCCGCUGGCAUCCAGCACCUGCAGCCUGCCCACCGGCUCAGCGCCAGCCCCACCGUGUCCUCCAGCAGCCUGGUGUUGUACCAGAGCUCCGACUCCAACAACGGCCACAGCCACCUGCUGCCAUCCAACCACAGUGUCAUCGAGACCUUCAUUUCCACGCAGAUGGCUUCAUCCUCCCAGUAACCAUGGCAGC